AUGACGGAUGACCUGCUCUUCACCUACACGGACCGCUUGCUUGCCCCUCACCUCGAGUCAAACCAGCGCCAGGCCAUCAUCAAAGAGGCGGGCGACCUGUGCAAGAAGACGCUGCGCUGCCCCCACUGCGGCGCACAAAACGCGACUGUCAAGAAGGUCCCGCCCAUGAAGAUUGUACACGAGCUCUAUGUCAAGAAGCACGAGGCAGAACGCGAUCGUCCCACCCAUGUUGAAUCUGCCGGUGUUGCUGCCUGUAGCUAUUUUUUGCAUGAGCUCCCUACACGGCUGCACGAUGAGCUGGCCGCCGCGGCUGAGGAGGUGGACGGUCUGCGUUCGCUGCUGCGCCAGGAUCGCGCACAGGAUGUCCUCAACCCCCUCCGCGUGCUCGAGCUCUUUCGCAACAUCCCCGACAGCGACUGCCUCAUAUUGGACCUUGGCGCGCGGCCGGAGUCGCUGCUGCUGACGAGCAUCAUCUGCCCGCCCGGAUGCAUUCGCCCGUCGGUUAUGCGCGAUGCAUCGGCCACGUCCUCCAGCGAAGACCCAAUCUCCCUUGCGCGCAAUCUGAGCAUCGGCGAUAAAGUCCUGCGCCAUCUUCUUGAGGGGGAUUACGUCCUCUUCAACCGCCAGCCAUCUCUCCAUCGCAUGAGCAUCAUGUGCCACAAGGCAAAGCCGCGACCGUGGCGCACGUUCCGCUUCAACGAGUGCGUGUGCAAGCCGUACAACGCCGAUUUCGACGGCGAUGAGAUGAAUCUUCACGUCCCGCAGACGGAGGAGGCGCGCGCCGAGGCCGCAGAGCUCAUGCUCACCACGAACAACCUGUGCACGCCGUGCAAUGGCAAGCCGCUGAUUGCUGCGACGCAGGAUUUCAUCACGGGCGCACACACGAGUAUGCAUAUUGAUGCAACCACACACGCGCGCGCGCACAUGUGUACGUGCAUGCGUUGGUCGGGCUUCUUCCUCCCUCCCCCACUCGGCCUGGAUUGCUCACACCACCAACCACGCAUCUGCAAGCAGGUGAUUUCGCUGCUUCUGAAGCCGAACAAGUUCGAUCCCACUGAGAUUUAUCUCCAGGCCAACAACCGCUCCUACGACAAGGACUACGCGAAACAGGAGGUGGGAUGUUUUGGUGGAAAGCCGACGCUUGGGGAGAAGACGCUGUGCCCCGAGGAUGGCUUUGUUCUCAUCCGCAAAUCGCAGCUGCUGUCCGGCUUCCUCGACAAGGGCAUCAUUGGGGAGAGCAAGUCCAGCAUCUUCUACGCGCUCCUCUGUCACUACGGCGCACCAAAGGCUGCAGAGGUCCGCAUGCGGCGUGCGUGCUUGUGUGUGUGUGCGUGUGCGUGUGCGUGUGCGUGUGUGUGCGCGCGUGUAUUUUGUGUGUAUGUGCGUGCACAUGCGUGUGGAUGCAUUGUGCGUCCAUGGUGCGCCGUUCCCUGUGGUGGAGUUUCGCGCCUGCAUCCACCGCUUUCUUCGUUCAUCUCACGUGUCGGUAUUCUGCGUUGUUGCGUGGGCGGCCUGCAGUGUAUGAAGCGACUGAGCAAACUCACCACGCGCUUCCUCAUGAACCGCGGCUUCUCCAUCGGCAUAGGUGAGAGCACACACAUGCAUGCAAGCAGGGAUCAGUGCACAAAGGCACAUGCACACACGCACAGACGCACGCAUACAUCCAUACACACCCACAUGACACAUGCAUGCCCGCACUCGCUCGCACCCAGUUGCAUCUCCUUGCAACGCUUUUGUUUGAUUGCUCAUGUCACUCUGUCCCUCUCCACUCGUGCACAUGUGUGUCACUUCUUCCUGAAGACGCUACGCGCGUUUCUGCACAAGAAAGCGGACAACAUCGCCGCUGUUCGGCAGCGACUGGAUCUGGAGCCCUGCACAGACGGACCCGAGACAAUGAAGGACCCCAAUGCACAGCGGCUGUGUGACAGCAUUGACGGACUGACGGCGACGCAGCUUGAGGCGUUUGUUGACGCGGCGCUGCACAAGUUCCUCGGAUGUGUGAUGGAACCUGGCACCGCUGUUGGCGCCAUUGCUGCGCAGAGUAUUGGCGAGCCGGGAACACAGAUGACACUGCGGACGUUCCAUUUCGCUGGUGUCGCUGCCAUGAACGUGACGCUCGGUGUUCCGCGCAUCAAGGAGAUUAUCAACGCGGCGAAGAAGAUCAGCACGCCCGUGAUUGAGGCGCCGCUGGAGGAGGCCGACAACGCCGCAUAUGCGCGACGCGUCAAGGGCAGGAUCGAGACAAUCACCCUCGAGGAGGUUGCGGAGUAUGUGCGCAUAUUCUGCAGCGACAACGAGUCGUACGUUGCGGUGAAGCUUGAUCUUCAGCGCAUCGCCAACCUGUUCCUGGAGAUUGACGUGCAGGGCGUUGUGUUCCGCAUCGUGUCUGACCGCAAGCUCAAGGUCAAGCCAAACGACGUCGAUAUCAAGAGUGCCAGCCUCUUCCACGUGUACCCGCGCCCAGACACGCGCAAACCGUCCAACCCCGUGCAUCUGUUGCAAGCGCUGCAGCAGAAGCUCGGUACCGUCGUCGUGCAGGGGCUUGAAAACGUCAACCGCGCGAUUGUGAACGACGAGGGCGGUGUGCACAAACUAUUUAUCGACGGAACCAACAUGCGCGGCGUCAUGUCAACGCUGGGUGUGCUUGGGGAGAAGGUCAAGUGCAACCACGUGAUGGAGGUGGAGAAGACGCUUGGUAUUGAGGCGGCACGACAGGUGAUCAUGGACCAGGUGCAGUAUGUCAUGUCAAACUACGGCAUCAGCAUCGAUCCACGCCACACCAUGCUCAUGGGCGACCUCAUGACCUUCAAGGGUGAAGUGCUUGGCAUCACACGAUUUGGGAUUGCAAAGAUGAAGGACAGCGUGUUUAUGCUCGCGUCCUUUGAGAAGACCAUCGACCACUUGUUCGACGCUGCCAUGCGUGGCACAACGGACCCGAUUGAGGGUGUGAGUGAAUGUAUCAUUGUUGGAAAGCCGAUGAAGGUUGGAACAGGCGCCUUCUCCCUUCUGCAGAGCCCGCCACCAAACCAGCAGCCGCCAAAACGCCGCAAGCUGCUGUUUGACGUGGACGAAUACCAUCCCCACGUUAGGUCGCCCUUGUUGUGACCUCACGUCAGCAGUCUUCAGGCUUUGCGCGAUUGCUUGUGAAUGUUCAAACUUCAGACAAUACACGAUGCCAGUUCAAGGCAAGAA